GAAGAUGCUGAUAAACAGACGCUCGCAUUUCACGCCAUGGGCUCCACGCUAGCUGCUGCUUAUUUCGAUCCCGACAGUCGUAUGUUACAUAUUAUGGAGGAUACGAAGGAUACCGACAGUUGGGAUCUUGCUUGUCUUGAAGUCAUGGAACAGGUUCGACCGACCAACGUGGUAGUGACGAGUAGAACGCCGGACAGUUUGGUGGAUAAGGUGGAGCAGUAUUGUGAUCAAAAUCCACUCGCAAAUUACUUCAUUGAUGCUCAUAAAUCUUACACUGCUGGUCGGGCCGCUUACACCCUCUCUCGGCUUCGUCUUCCCGAUCGAAGCCAACCUUCACAACCUCAUUUCCCGCCCAGCAGUCCUACAAAUCAGGAGUCAUCACCAAUUAUCAUGGGAGGGCGAUAUCAGGAGGAGGGAAUGGGCCAGGUCAGACUGGCGAUAGUCAAAUUGGGAUGUUGGGUCAAUGUUGAUGCACCUGGAGCGAUCGGAGUCGCGGCUGGCCUCAUCACGUAUCUGGAGAAACGAGGCAAUAUCCUCGGUGAUGGCGGAGGGAUAGAAUUGUCUGGCAUUACUGCCCUGACUCCACAGAUGUAUAUGCUUAUCAACCAUGAUGCACUCACAUCCCUAAACAUUAUGGGAAAUGACAAGGAUUCCUUGACCCUCUUCAGUCAGUCCUCACCUUCCAUCAGUAUAGACUCACAAGACAUGUUCAACACAUGCGUUACCCCUCUUGGAAAAAAAUUACUUCAUACUUGGUUUCUCCGUCCUCUGGUCGAUAUGGACGAGAUAGUUGUUCGACACGAUGCUGUCGCCUAUUUUCGCACUCCUGCCGGAUACGAUUUAUCCAAGGAGAUAAAGAAAUUCAUGCGACGGAUCAAGAACGUCCCCAAACUCUGCACCGACAUCGCAAGAAGCAGUGGCCGAGCAAAUUUCCAUGUGUGGAGAGGUAUCGCAGAGUCACUGGGAUCCGCGAUCGACAUAGGCAACAUCAUACUUCAACGUAAUCUGGGACAUGUGCAUUCGAUUUUUGAAGAAGUACGUAUACGUGUCAUCAAACUAUCAUCCACAAAAGCUGAGCCUGAUAUUUGGAUUGACUUUGACGAGUCUUAUGAAAAAGACAAAAUCGCCGUCAGGCCAGGUAUCAGUGAAGAGCUGGACAUUUGCAAGGAACAAUGGGCCGGUAUUGAGUGGGAAUCUCAUGCGAAGGUACUCAACCGCCAGGCUUCGGUGGCAGCUUUGAUUGAGAUACCUCCCAAUUUCUGCAACAACAAUAUCUUCGUUCGGUACUUCCCUCAAUUGGGGUUUCUGGUUGCUAUACGGAAUCGCAACCUCAAUAUGGAUGAGCCACCAGGAUGGCGCAUCAUUUUUGAGAAUGAGAACGAAGAGUUUUUCAAGACACCGCAGAUGGAGAAUCUGGACGAUCACUAUGGGGACAUAUAUUGCCAAAUCGGAGAUAUGGAGAUGGUCAUCAUCCGUGAACUGGCCAGUAAAGUCAGCCAGUCGACUGCUCAUAUAAUCGAGGUGAUGAAUGUGAUGGCGGAGCUAGAUUGUCUCAUCGCUCUGGCAACGGCUGCCGUGACGUACGACCUGACCCGACCUGCGUUGGCUGUGGACCCUCUAUUAGAGAUUCACGAAGGUCGUCAUAUUGUUCACGAGACGGUAGUGGGUCAGUAUGUGAGGAAUGAUUCCCUUUUAUGUGGAGGUGAGAAUGAUUCGUAUCACAGCAUGAUGAUCCUCACCGGUGCCAACGGGUCAGGCAAGUCGGCCUAUGGCAAACAAGUAGCCUUGAUCGUCUUCAUGGCCCAAAUAGGUAGCUUUGUCCCUGCGGAGAGUGCUAUCAUAGGAAUCGUCGACAAAAUCUACACCCGUGUGCAAACUCGAGAGUCUGUCUCGAAGGCUUCAUCAGCAUUCAUGAUCGAUCUAGCCCAGGUAUCACUAGCACUCCGAGGGUGCACCUCACGCUCGCUAUUGUUGUUGGACGAGUUUGGUAAAGGGACCCUCCCGACUGAUGGAGCGGGAUUACUUGCUGGAGUGAUCAGGUACCUGCUUGAGACAUGUCGUCCUCGGACUAUCGUCAUGACACAUUUUCACGAGCUAUUCGCUAUGGACUCAAUCCUUGUGGACCUGCCGAUUCAGUUCUGUCACAUGCAGGUAGUCUUCCUCGAUGAAACCCCGAAGAUUGCAUAUAUGUAUAAACUCGAGCCGAGUUUGGCGGAUACAUCAAAUGCCGCGGAGUGCGCAUUGAUCCAUGGGAUCCCUCAGUCCGUCGUGGACCGGGCUCGUUUUGUGACGGAAUGUCUAUCACGGUUCGAACUGUCAAAACUGUACGAGGAAGUCGUAACGGACGAGCAACGUGACGAGCUGAAAGACGCUGAAGAUCUCAUGAGGCGAUUCUUGUCGUGGAAGAUCAAGGACGACGCUAUAGACGUUAUGGAGCAGCUCAAAGAUGUACUCGAAGAUCGUCUGGUGUACCGGAGAGGGGAUACGCCUGUCGAAGAAGAAGAGGAGCAGGACCGGAGAGCUCGAGAUAUUAGCACGGAGGAUGAGGAGGAUGAUCUUUGA